CGUGAUGGGACCACGCUGGAAUGGCAUCGCGUAGGUAGUCAUGGGGAAAUUCUUUAGGAUCAAUAUUGUAUGAUGCGUACGUUGUCUCUCUGUCACUCUCAUUAGCUCUUGCGUUGACCUAAACCUAAAUAUAAACACACGUCACUCAAACAAAAAAAAGUGAACCUUAGCCGAGUGAGCUUCCCUUUCCCGCCUGCUGCCAUAGAAGCCAAAUCAUUUUCUCCCCGUUGGCAUAUUGACAUUUCCGGCCAUGGCGUAUGAUUAUGCUUUUGUGCACCUUGUGUACACCAUUCCCCUCGCUGGUGUCUUGACAAUCAUCCUGAAGCCCCUUCUUCAUCGAUUCGAUGUCUUGAAAACCUUGGCUUUAAUUCUGAUAGCCUUCUUUUCAACUUUGCCUUGGGAUUCGUAUUUAAUACGCAACAGUAUCUGGACUUACCCUCCGGAUGCCAUAAUUGGACCCCGACUCUUCGCCAUACCAAUUGAAGAGCUGUUCUUUUUUGUAAUCCAAACCUAUAUCACGGCGCUAUUCUACAUUCUAUUGAACAAGUCUGUUCUGCACGCCCAAUUCCUCACGAACCAUGAAGUGUCGUCUCCAGCCGCUCGCCGUCUCAGAACUUGUGGUCAGCUUCUGCUGUCUGCCGCCAUCCUAAUUGGCGGUAUCCUUGUGAGCAAGGGAGGCGAGGGAACUUAUCUGGGCCUUAUUUUAAUUUGGGCUUGUCCUUUUCUUCUACUUACCUGGACACAAUCGGGCUAUUUCCUGCUCAAGCUCCCUUCUAUCUGCAUCGCACUUCCCAUCGGUCUUCCUACAAUCUAUCUAUGGCUUGUUGACGAGCUCGCGUUGGGGCGAGGAACAUGGGCUAUCGAAUCAGGAACCAAGCUUGGUUGGUGUCUAUGGGGCAACCUCGAGAUUGAAGAAGCUGUUUUCUUCCUGGUAACAAACACUAUGGUAGUUUUCGGCCUAGUAGCAUUCGACAGAAGCAUGGCGGUUUUCGACACAUUCCCAGAAAUGUUUCCUGAGGCUUCCCGACGCGUGUCUCCCAAGGCGUUCAUUAAAGCGGCACUUGCAGACCCGGCGAAGUAUGAUAUGGAGCGGGUCAGAGGUAUAAGAGAAGCUGUUAGCACGCUCCGGAGGAAAAGCCGCAGUUUCUAUCUUGCUAGUGCUGUCUUUCCUGGUGCCUUGCGCAUCGACUUAGUGUUGUUAUAUUCAUUCUGCCGAGUUGCCGAUGACCUCGUCGAUGAUGCUGAUAGCAAAGCUGAAGCGUUGAAGUGGAUACAAAAACUUACUGGGUAUCUUGACCGGGCAUACAGUGGCCCGGGUAAACAGUCGCGCGUAACGGCCGACGUCGAUAGCUAUGCUGAGAAAAACUUCCCUCUGCCCGCGCGGUCAGCCUUAAAACUGCUGCCCACAAGGCUUCUCCCAAGCGGUCCCCUCUACGAGCUCUUGGAAGGGUUUCGUAUGGAUCUAGCUUUCACUGACGCCAAGUUCCCUAUCGAAACUGAGGCCGACAUCCAGCUUUAUGCGAGCCGCGUUGCGAGCACUGUUGGCGAGUUAUGCCUCCGGCUAGCGUUCCACUACAGUGCUACAAGGCUAUCCAAGGACGACGAAGCAAGACUCAUUCAAGCGGCUACAACCAUGGGGUAUGCGCUGCAGUAUGUCAACAUUGCUCGCGAUAUUCAGGUUGACGCUGAAAUGGGUCGUGUCUAUCUGCCUACAGAUUGGCUCAGCCAUGAAAAUCUGACUCCUCGGGAUAUCUUGAAAGGUCCCAAGCAACCAAAAGCAGAAGUACUCAGACAGAAGCUUCUAGAUCUUGCGUUCCAGGAGUAUGGGAAAUCACGGUCUACAAUGGACUUGUUGCCUGACGAAGUUAGAGGCCCUCUCAUAGUGGCGGUAGAAAGCUAUAUGGAGAUUGGCCGUGUUCUCCGAGAGGGAAGCGGUGUCCCUCACAAGACGAAAAAAGGGCGAGCAACCGUCCCUCGUUCCAGACGCCUUUGGGUUGCCUGGAAGAACCUUCGAACAUCAUGAAAGCCAUUUCUAGUUUAGAACAGAGCGUGCCAGGGGUAAUACUGUCUACUUGUGUUCCUUGAGCUGCAGCGAAUAGCUCAAUAAAGUGACCUUCCUUAAUUCUAAUACUACACCUUUCAACUCAAUAAUAAGAUGAGGCCCAAAGUAACGCCACGUGUCAAAUGAAAAAUGCAGGCAUGAUGUAGAUAUGUAGUAGCUGGAAGAACAACGUGAGUACUU